ACUAAAUUUACACAACCCAAAUCAUGAAUUAGGGUUUAGUACUUGCAGUGGAAAACCCGGAAGGAGUCACACAACAGCUGAACAGAGAAGUGCAUUCUGUUACAUAAUCUAUCAACAGAUAAUUGAAUUUGCUGCUGUGCAGGUUUCUUCCAGCAGAGACACAAUUCAUGGGUUACGUGCAAGAAGCAAGAGAAAAUCAAGUCAAGAAGAAGGUUGAAGAAGCUUUACGCAGCAAAAUGAAGCAGAAGGCGCUAAAGGAAUGUGAUGAAUAUGCUGCAAAGUAUGCUGAAUGUGCAACUGGAAAAACAAUAUCUGUGGUUUGGCAAUGCCGCAAACAGGCUAAAGAAUUAAAUAAUUGUCUUCAUCAGUAUACCAAUGAGUCUGUGUUGGAAGAAAUGAAGAAAGAGUACGCCCUUCAGCAGGAUGGAAAGGAGCCAAUGAGAUUAUAAAUUGUGCGGUUGGGUUGGGAUUUUUCUCUGGCGACAGCAACACAGCACAGCAGCACCCUUUUACCUGAACAGAUUUUUCUUCACCUGAAAGGCCCAACAUUGUGUCGAUUUCUAGUCUGUAAGAUCUUGUUUAAGCUACAGUGCUUUGUAACUUUGUGGACCUGAUGUGAUGAGAAUUCCAAGCCAGAAUAAAAACACAAGAAAACUCUAUGGUGCUUGCAAUUAUUAUACAGGGGACCAUGGUACGUAGUGCUAUGUGGAGUGUGGACCAUGGUUAUCAAAUGAAAUUGUAGUAUAAAUGUAUAAUUAAAAUGA